AUGGAGGAAGCACUCCGGCGGCUCAGAGGGAUGCCUGUAAAGCAAUCACAUUCGGACGACGCCGUUUUAUGUCAUGUUAACCACCGUAAGAAGUCCACUUCCUCCGCACCAAAUGCUGACCGUCGAGUCAUACGCGAGGGUUCGAGCUCGGGUACGAUGCGAUACCGUGGAGUCCGACGUAGGCCGUGGGGUCGUUAUGCUGCUGAGAUUCGAGACCCACACUCGAAGGAACGACGUUGGCUCGGCACGUUCGAUACUGGUGAAGAAGCUGCACGUGCUUAUGACUGCGCAGCACGUGCUAUGCAUGGUCUCAAAGCUCGCACCAAUUUCGUGUACCCUUCUACUCCUUCGUCAACUUAUUCACUCUCCGAUCAACUUCUUUCUCCUUUAAACUUCGGUAAACAAUCCCUAAUUACUCGUCAUCCUCCUCCGCCGUCGACUUGGUCAACGUUUUCGAAUUCUCACACCUUUGACUUCCAAGAACCAGCGCCGCAGAGAAUCACUCCUCCGUCUUUCCUCGACAUGCUUCUCCCUCUUGAUAUUCACCCGUCUUCAAACCCUAACUUUGUCUCAUCUACCCCUCGGUUUCCCCUAGUCGACGACAAUUUUCACUGUCCAAAACCGUCUUUUACUAAUCUCCCUAUCGUAGAAAACCUCGAAAAUCCCAACGUUAAUGAAGACAUGUUACGCGACUCAGAGUUUAUCCCUAAAGAACCAUCAGAUUCCGGGCUUCUAGAGGAGAUCAUUCACGGUUUUUUUCCAAAGCCCUCGAAUAAGCCGCAAAAUUCCCAUCUAUCAGACGACAUGUCGUCAAUCCCGUCAGACACGAAUUUCCCUCACUCAAACUUUGUGGAUGAACAACAAACCGGGAUUCUUUACAACUACCAAACCGGACCAGUUCAGCUCGGGUUUUCUGCCGAAGAAAUAUCGUUUGUCAACGGUUUGCCGAUGAACAUGCAGAUGGGGAUAGAAUCGUUGAAUUCGACCAUGGAGAAUUUUCCUGAGUACCCUGACUAUCUCAGUGCUUUUGCUGCUAAAGUUUAUAAUACUUAA